AUGUUUCGUGGCUUUAGUUUUCGACUCUUAUAUCGAGUCGUUUUCUUUUCCCUCUGUCUGAUUUUCGCCUGUUUUUAUCAUGGUGGUAGUUCAGAGUAUGACAGGCAAGAAGAUGAAACAGAACCGAACAAAUUAAAAGAUGAAUUCAAAGGUAAAGCCUUGAAUGUUGACGUUUCUCUCGAACAAGACGAACGCGUCUCUAACUUGACAAAAAAUGCGAAACAAAUUGAUGGCCACAAGGCGCGGAAGAAAACUGAUCUUUCAAAGAUGGUGAGAAAAGGUAAAUUUUGAAAAUGUGAGAAUGUUAGUACUUCACAAGGAGAAAUUGUUAACCAUAAUUUAUGCCUCCCAUCUUAACGAAUGAUCUUAAACUAUGUAAUUAUACAUGAAGGCUUUACUUCCCACACACGCAUUAUCGGCUGAGUGCUGCAUCUCCUGAGCUCCGUUUACUGGGCGGUGUACUAAAUAGAACACUCACUGUAAAUAAUUCAACUCGAUGUUGGGUUAAUCCGGCUGGGGGUAAAGAUUCCCUCAGCCGCUGUUUUUUCAACUUUCAAAAUAGAAUACGCAGGAUAUGUAUCUACAUUAAAAUGUUCUGAAACAGUUUCCCCAGUAAAGAUGAGGGCAAGAUUACGCCAUAACAUACAAAAGCUGGAAUUAAAACUGCAAUACAUAUAUUAUACUAUAUGGAUGCAGACAUGGGGAGAAGGUGGGUUAUGAAGUUUGUUAUAGUCUUCACCAGGUGAUGUUCCUUCAUGGUAAGCUGUACGUGAAUGCUUAGAACUUAGCAUUGGGCCAGGGGUGUGUUACAAAACCUUUCAUAAUCGUUAUCUUUUCAGGGUGCAGAAAAAAAAAACUGAACAGAUUUGAAAGUGCUCUCAAUUUCGCAAAACAGCUCGUGGUAUCAAGUUUUUGUUAAAUAUAAAUUCCUUGAGUAUUUAUAAUGUAGAAUAAUGAAAAAAAAAUACACGAACUCAAAUUAUGCAAACCAGGGGGUGUUUCUUUCCAAAAAAAAUUAAAAAUGGCUUGCGCACGAAAUUUAAAAGCUUUAAUCAUAUUUUGAGUUAAUGGAUGGAAAACUUGUUGGGUUUUUAAUUACUGUACACAAUUUCAGACAAUUUGCUUUAGUUUACAUAUUGCUGGCAAAUGCAAAUUAGGCCAAGCCAUUAAUUAAGCAUGCAAACGGCUGUUCCUUUUGGGAAAAAACAUAAGUUUGCGUGAAUAGUUAAAGGGUUUAAACUGAAGUAAAUUGUCUUAAAUUUCGUGACGCAAGUAAACACACAACACAUUGUUCACCUAUUAACUCAAAAUACGAUUAAAGCUUUUAAAUCUCGAGCGCAAGCCAUUUUAGUUUGUCGGAAAAACAAAAGGCACUCCCCUGGUUUACAAAACUGGAAUUGGGAUGUUGUUUCGCACCUUCCAAACUUUCUUGAAUUGAAAUUCCCAUUUGCAAAGAAACAUUUUCUUUAUUUCCAGGAAAUACGAUGAAAACACUCCAAAAUAAAAGAAUACAAAACAGCCCAGUACUGCAUUUUUCAACUCCAUCGCCGUCUGAGAUAAACGUUCCACGCAAAGAAUCGACAACCAUCCCCCACUCAAAUGAGACAGACUGGCAAAACAAUUGCAGCAAAAAUAUAUCUUCAUUGGAAAAUCAAUUUCUUCACCAGAAUGACUUGAGAGAAACAGCCAAAAGAGAAACGUUCGCUUCACUCACAACUCAACAUCUCCGGAACAGACGUGAAAUUCAGGCGAUCUUGGAAAGUCAGACCGAAUGCGCCAAUUUUACCUAUACUAUAAAGUACGAAGAUAACUACAGAGUAUGGAACAACUUUUCAAUGAUGUACCAAAGCCGAAUGUACCGUUAUAACGAGUACAGAGUAACGGACGAUGGUCUACAAGUUUGUAAUUCUUCUGACCCCCUUAAUAAACAAAGAUGGCGGGAUUUGAUUGCUCGGGAAAAGGAAGUGUUCGCUUCCAAAUAUUGUAAUGUAUCCGUGGACGUAUUUUACUAUCACAAUUACACAUUAUACAGAAAUUUUACUGUUUUCUUCAAACCUACUCAGCAGAGCUUCACAAGGCAAGAUUAUGGAGUGACUUUUGGAUAUUUUUCGAUUUGUUCGGAAAAGCUUAGUCUGUCCUGCAAUGACUAUUUGGUUAAAGUGAAAUACGGUGAUCAGUACAACGUUUUGCAAAACUUUUCAUUGUUUUACAACAACAAGAUGUAUGAUUAUCGCGAAUAUCGACUCGAAAACGAAGGUCUUGAAAUGUGUGCUUCCAAUGAUUCAAGAAUUCAGACCAUUUGGAGAACUCCAAAUUCUUGGAUAAAGUCGAAAUCCAUAUUAAAAUGCCUCAAAUCUCUUUCUAUAUUAUCAGCAAGGUACUACACAGUAAAUAAGCAGAUCAUUGUCUAUGUCGCAGUUACAAGUCAAUAUUUCACAAGAAACGAUUAUGGGGUGACAGACGGUAAACUUUAUAUAUGCAGAGAAAAGUUAAGACCCGAAUCAACAGAGUAUACCACGCAGGAAGAUAUAUUAAUGUGCAACGAUUCAAUCUUCAAUGUAAAAUACGAUGAUGAAUACAAAGUUCGGACUGACUUUUCAAUAAUCUAUACGAACAAGGUGUACGAUUAUACUGAGUAUCGAGUUCUGAAUGAUAGCAUCAAGAUUUGUAACUCUACUGAUCAAUACGUAAAGAACAUUUGGAAAGCACGCAAUAAAUGGGUAGAGGCGAGAAUGCAUCAGAAAAGUUGCAAUAAGCCCAUUAGAGAGUCUUGGCUGUACCGAAAGUAUUACACUGUGAAUAAGGAGUUCGCUGUCUAUGACGCACGAAAGAGUCAAUAUUUCACAAAAAACGACUAUGGGGUGCACGACGGUAGACCUUAUAUAUGCAAGGAAAAGUUAAGACCCACAUCAACAGAGUAUACCCAGGAAGAUCUAUUAAUGUGCAACGAUUCAAUCAUCAAUAUAAAAUACGAUGAUGAAUACAAAGUUCGGACUGACUUUUCAAUAUUCUAUAAGAACAAGGUGUACGAUUAUACUGAGUAUCGAGUUCUGAAUGAUAUCAUCAAGAUUUGUAAAUCUACUGAUACCUACGUAAAGAACAUUUGGAAAGCACGCAAUAAAUGGGUAGAGGCGAGAAUGCAUCAGAAAAGUUGCAAUAAGCCCAUUAGAGAGUCUUGGUUGUACCGAAAGUAUUACACUGUGAAUAAGGAGUUCGCUGUCUAUGACGCACGAAAGAGUCAAUAUUUCACAAAAAACGACUAUGGGGUGCACGACGGUAGACCUUAUAUAUGCAAAGAAAAGUUAAGACCCACAUCAACAGAGUAUACCCAGGAAGAUCUAUUAAUGUGCAACGAUUCAAUCAUCAAUAUAAAAUACGAUGAUGAAUACAAAGUUCGAACUGACUUUUCAAUAUUCUAUAAGAACAAGGUGUACGAUUAUACUGAGUAUCGAGUUCUGAAUGAUAUCAUCAAGAUUUGUAAAUCUACUGAUACCUACGUAAAGAAUAUUUGGAAAGCACGCAAUAAAUGGGUAGAGGCGAGAAUGCAUCAGAAAAGUUGCAAUAAGCCCAUCAGAGAGUCUUGGUUGUACCGAAAGUAUUACACUGUGAAUAAGGAGUUCGCUGUCUAUGACGCACGAAAGAGUCAAUAUUUCACAAGAAACAACUAUGGGGUGGACGACGGUAGACCUUAUAUAUGCAAAGAAAAGUUAAGACCCACAUCAACAGAGUAUACCCAGGAAGAUAUAUUAAUGUGCAACGAUUCAAUCAUCAAUAUAAAAUACGAUGAUGAAUACAAAGUUCGGACUGACUUUUCAAUACUCUAUAAGAACAAGGUGUACGAUUAUACUGAGUAUCGAGUUCUGAAUGAUAGCAUCAAGAUUUGUAACUCUACUGAUCAAUACGUAAAGAAUAUUUGGAAAGCACGCAAUAAAUGGGUAGAGGCGAGAAUGCAUCAGAAAAGUUGCAAUAAGCCCAUUAGAGAGUCUUGGUUAUACCGAAAGUAUUACACUGUGAAUAAGGAGUUCGCUGUCUAUGGCGCACGAAAGAGUCAAUAUUUCACAAGAAACGACUAUGGGGUGGACGACGGUAGACCUUAUAUAUGCAAAGAAAAGUUGAGACCCACAUCAGCAGAGUAUACCCAGGAAGAUCUAUUAAUGUGCAACGAUUCAAUCAUCAAUACAACAUACCAUGAUGAAUACAAAGUUCGAACUGACUUUUCAAUACUCUAUCAGAACAAGGUGUACAAUUAUACUGAGUAUCGAGUUCUGAAUGAUGGCAUAAAGAUUUGUAACUCCACUGAUAACUACGUACGGAAUAUUUGGAAAUUACGCAAUAAAUGGAUAAAGUUGACAAUGCAUGAAAAAAGUUGCAGUAAACCCAUUAGAACCUUUCGGUUGUACCGAAAGAAUUACGCUGUGAAUAAGCAGUUCACUGUCUAUGACGCACCUGCGAGUCAAUAUUUCACAGGAAAUAGCUAUGGGGUGCACGAGGGUAGACCUUAUAUAUGCGAUGAAAAGUUAACAUCCACAUCAACAGAGUAUACCCAGGAAGAUCUAUUAAUGUGCAACGAUUCAAUCAUCAAUAUAAAAUACGAUGAUGAAUACAAAGUUCGGACUGACUUUUCAAUACUCUAUAGGAACAAGGUGUACGAUUAUACUGAGUAUCGAGUUCUGAAUGAUGGCGUAAAGAUUUGUAACUCCACUGAUAGCUACGUGAAGAAUAUUUGGAAAACACGCAAUAAAUGGGUAGAGGCGAGAAUGCAUCAGAAAAGUUGCAAUAAGCCCAUUAGAAAGUCUUCGUUGUACAAAAAGUAUUACACUGUGAAUAAGCAGUUCACUGUCUAUGACGCACGAAAGAGUCAAUAUUUCACAAGAUACGACUAUGGGGUGGACGACGGUAGACCUUAUAUAUGCAAAGAAAAGUUAAGAUCCACAUCAACAAAGUAUACCCAUGAAGAUAUAUUAAUGUGCAACGAUUCAAUCAUCAAUAUAAAAUUCGAUGAUGAAUACAAAGUUCGGACUGACUUUUCAAUACUCUAUAAGAACAAGGUGUACAAUUAUACUGAGUAUCGAGUUCUGAAUGAUGGCAUAAAGAUUUGUAACUCCACUGAUAACUACGAACGGAAUAUUUGGAAAGUACGCAAUAAAUGGAUACAGGCGAGAAUGCAUCAAAAAAGUUGCAAUAAACCCAUUAGAACCUUUGCGUUGUACCGUAAGUAUUACACUGUGAAUAAGCAGUUCACUGUCUAUGACGCACCUAGGAAUCAAUAUUUCACAAGAAACGACUAUGGGGUGUCCGGCGGUAUACCUUAUAUAUGCGAUGAAAAGUUCAGACCCACAUCAACAGAGUAUACCCAGGAAGAUCUAUUAAUAUGCAACGAUUCAAUCAUCAAUAUAAAAUACGAUGAUGAAUACAAAGUUCGGACUGACUUUUCAAUACUCUAUAAGAACAAGGUGUCCGAUUAUACCGAGUAUCGCGUUCUGAAUGAUGGCAUAAAGAUUUGCAACUCCAUUGAUAACUACGUAAGGAAUAUUUGGAAAGUACGCAAUAAAUGGGUAAAGUUGACAAUGCAUGGAAAAAGUUGCAAUAAACCCAUUAGAACCUUUUCGUUGUACCGAAAGUAUUACACUGUGAAUAAGCAGUUCACUGUCUAUUUCGCACCUGUGAGUCAAAAUUUCACAAGAAAUAGCUAUGGGGUGGAAGACGGUAAACUUUAUAUAUGCGAAGAAAAGUUAAGAUCCAUAUCAACAGAGUAUACCCAGGAAGAUCUAUUAAUGUGCAACGAUUCAAUCAUCAAUAUAAAAUACGAUGAUGAAUACAAAGUUCGGACUGACUUUUCAAUACUCUAUAAGAACAAGGUAUACGAUUAUACUGAGUAUCGAGUUCUGAAUGAUAGCAUAAAGAUUUGUAACUCCACUGAAAACUACGUAAGGAAUAUUUGGAAACUACGUAAUAAAUGGGUAAAGUUGACAAUGCAUGAAAAAAGUUGCAAUAAACCCAUCAGAGUCUUUUGGUUCCACCGAAAGUUAAUCAUUGUGAAUAAGGAGUUCACUAUCUAUAGCGCACGAAAGAGUCGAUAUUUCACAAGAAACGACUAUGGGGUGACAGACGGCAGACCUUAUAUAUGCCAAGAAAAGUUAGGAUCCUCAUCAACAAAGUAUACUCAGGCAGAUCUAUUAAUGUGCAACGAUUCAAUCAUCAAUAUAAAAUACGAUGAUGAAUACAAAGUUCGGACUGACUUUUCAAUACUCUAUAAGAACAAGGUGUACGAUUAUACUGAGUAUCGAGUUCUGAAUACAGAUAGCAUCAAGAUUUGUAACUCUACUGAUAACUAUGUAAGGAAUAUUUGGAAAAUACGCAAUAAAUGGGUGAAGGCGAGAAUAGAUGGAAAAAGUUGCAAUAAACCCAUUAGAUACAUUAAGUUCGAGCGAUGGGAAUACACUGUACUUCAGAAUUUUGGAAUUCUGAUUGCGGCAACAAAGCAGCUGAUAACAAAGUACGAUUAUGCUGUGUCUGAAGGUAAACUUAUAGCAUGUGUGACCGAAUGCGCCAAUUUUACCUUCACUAUAAAGUAUGAAGAUGAAUACAGAGUAUGGAACAACUUCUCAAUGAUGUACCAAGAUCGCAUGUACUAUUAUGAUGAGUACAGAAUAACGGACGAUGGUCUACAAGUUUGUAAUUCUUCUGACCGUCUCAUUAAAGAAAAAUGGCGAAAUUUCAUUGUUUCGGAAAAGAUAACGACAGCUUUCAAACAUUGUAAUGUAUCUGUGGACGGUUUUUACUCCGAAAAUUACACAUUACAUACAAACUUUACUGUUUUCUUCAAACCUACCAAUCAAAAUUUCACAAGGGAAGAUUACGGAGUGAUUAUGGGGUAUUUUGCAAUUUGUUCAAGAAAGCUCCGAUUGUCCUGCAAUGAUGAUUUGGUCAAAGUAAAGUACGAUGAACAAUACAAUGUUUUUAGAAACUUUUCGCUGGUUUACCACAAGAUGUACGAUUAUCGGGAAUAUCGAUUAAGCCACGACAGUCUUGAAAUGUGUGCUUCCAAUGAUUCAAGAGUUCAGGCGAUUUGGAGAACGCGAAAUUCGUGGCAAAAGUCAUUACCCGCAUCCUGUUAUCGUUCUUACAAAUUAAAUGCAAGAUACUACACUGUGACAAAGCAGUUUGCUGUGUAUUCCGCAGAUAACGGUCAAUAUUUCAAAAGAAAUGACUAUGCGGUGAUUGACGGUAAACCUUAUGUAUGCGGCAAAGAAAACUUAAGACCAAUAUACGUAAUUACGAACUUUAAGAUUAUUAUAGCACCAUUAUGUGCUUUAGCGCUUUCUAUUAUUUCUUUGCUAUUGUUGUUGAUAGUUUACUGCAUGCUUCCAGAACUGCGCACACUUCCUGGUUUGAAUUUAAUGAGUUUUAGCUUUGCCUUGCUGUUGUGGCAGACUUACCUGGUAGUAUUUUUGUCACUGUAUUCUCAUGUAGGUAAACUGUUUGAGAUACCGUGUGCUAGGCUGUUUGUAGCAAAUAAGUUUAUGACGUAUAGUAUAAUUAUGAAUGCUGCGGUUAAUAUCUACCACUUAAGGAACACAUUUUGUGGGAAUACUCUAGUGAAAUCUGAUGAACUGAAGAAGUCGAACAGGUUUUUGAAGUAUAGUUUCUUUAGCUGGGGAGUCCCUGUCAUUAUAACGAUUGUUUACAUUGUACUAGUAAAGGAAGAUGUUCUAAGGUUUGAUCGACCUCUUACGUCUGUGAAGAACGACGUUCAAUCGAUCUUAAAAUUUUAUCGACGCAAUGUUAAUGGAAAUGCGGCGGCAAAUAAUAUAGGGAUUUAUCACCGUAUUGCAUCCUUGAAGGGAGUUGUCCUGCAGUCAAAGUUUAAUGAAAGCACUGACAAUGUACUCGAAGAUACCCAGUCCAGGUUAAAUCAAAGCAAUGUACUUGGGAAGGAAGAUGAUGCAGUGAUUUAUGAACCUAUUGUAUCUUUGAAGAAGGACAUUCAGUCAAGCUUAAAAUUUUAUGAACGCAUUGUAUUCGCGAAUGGAGAUGGGAAGGAAGAUGAUGCAAGGAUUUAUCAACAGAUCUCUGGAGAUUGUAUCAAUGGUCGAAUUACUCCCGAUUGGUCAGCUGAUGUUGAUGUAUAUGGCAUUCAAGGUUGUCUUUUGUUGUACAUUAUUGGAAUGUUCAUCUUCACUGCUUAUCGAAUUCGCCAAAAACUCAAGGCAAGCAGGAACAUUGCACAGAAAUCGAAUAUUGUUAAGCGUCAUAAAUUUGUCAUAUUGCUCAAGCUGUCAACCACUACAGCCUUAAGUUAUUGGUUUCCUCUCUUCAUAUCUAGAAUCGUGGAUUUUGAUUUCGACGUUAAGAUCGCGUUGUAUACUGUAACGUUGCUUACUGGUGCCUACAUUGGUAUUGCGUUUGUCUUCACACGAAGAAAUUAUCAGUUGUUCAAGAAAAAAUAUUUCCCAGCAAAGAAUAAACCGCCAGUUAACGAAAUUCCGCUAAAUAGACUAUAG